AUGUUCAAUCGGAUCGACGCGAGCAAGUCGACGAAAGGUGCGAGCAAAUUGAGGAGGGACCUGAUCAACGCCGAGAUCGCCAACCUGCGAGACCUUCUGCCACUGCCGCCGUCCACGCGACAGAGACUGUCGCAACUCCAGCUCAUGGCGCUCGUCUGCGUGUUUCUGAGGAAGGCCAAUUACUUCCAACACGUGCUGAAGAACGAUCUUGAAUCCGUGAGCAUGCCAACGCCAAACAUCGGUUUUUCAAAGGCCAUGUCCGGCUUUAUUAUGAUGAUGACUCAACAGGGCAAGCUGCUGUACAUAUCGGAAAAUGCCGCCGAGUACCUGGGACACUCAAUGGAGGACCUUUUGAUCCACGGCGACAGCGUUUACGACGUGGUCGACAAACAAGACCACAUGGUCGUGCAGAAUCAGCUGGCCAGGAGCUCGUGCGUCGGCGGCCCCGGGGGGGCCAACAGCGGCGGCGGCGGCGACGACCGCAGAUUAUUUCUCUGCCGCAUCAAUGUGUCGCGCAACUCGCGCAGGCAGCUACGCUUCGGAGAUCAAAAGGUCGUUCUGGUCGAGGGCCACUAUCUGCCGUUCGUGCCGCUCUGCAAUCGCAACGAGUCCGUGUUCCUGGCCUCGUGCACGCCCGUCGUGCUGCCCGAGACCCGCGAGAGCGUCGUACAGGGCGCGACCAACAUCUUCACCAGCAUACACUCGAUGGACAUGAAGUAUCUGCACAUCGACAAAACAGCCGAGAGUCACAUGGAGUACAGCCGCGCGGAGCUCGUCGGUAUUUCCUGGUACAAUCUGCUCCAUUGGGACUGCAUAAGGACGGCCUGCCACAAGCAUCAAACCGUCAUCCAAUCGGAACAGGAGCGAUCGACCACGGCCCUGCUGAGGCUGCAGAGUCGCUCGGGCCGAUGGUUCUGGGUGCACUGCGUGCUCCAGGUCAAGGACACGUCCGAGGAGUGCCAGCACCCCAUCAUCGUCUGUACCAAUCAGGUUUUGAGCGAGAAGGAGGCCGACAUACUGCGAGCGAGCCCGUGGCUCUAUCAAUACACGUCGCAGACGAAAUUCGCUUACGGAGCUUGCACGGCCAGUAACAACAAUAAUCAGCCACAGCCACAGCCACAGCAGCAGCAGAGUUCGGUGGUGGUGCAAGCGACCCCGCCCGCGAGCCUGGCGGUUUACGGGCCAGCCGAGCAGCUGCUCGUCGCCGCCACUGCCGACUACAAUAACGGCCUUCCACAACGUGGAGCAUCCACGACGACGACGACGACGACUACUCACUUGACUUACGCCUUGCCACCGCAACAGCAACAACAACAACACGAGCUCGAUCUCUAUCCGAGCUCGCUCGCUGCCGCCGCUGGACAUCCGAUUAUCGAUGACGCUCGCGCGACUACUGCGGCUCAACAGCCGUCCUGUUGGUCGCCCUCUCCCGACGACUCCAGCCUCAGAGACAGGCCGCAGCAGCAGCAGCAGCACGUGAAGCAGGAACCAUCCGAGGUGUCAUUUGCUGGUGGCGGCAGUAACGAGGCCAGCUCGCAGCAGCAGCAGCGUCACCCGGACACGAGUAACACGGUGAUAAUCGUCGAGACCAGCGAACCCGUCGACAUGUCCAUUAGCAAUAACAGCUCGCUCGACGAUCACAGCUCGGACGAGCAGCAGCAUCAUCUUACGACGCAGCAGCAGCAGACGCAGACGACGGGGGGCGGCGGCAGCAGCGCAUCGAUUCAACACCACUGUAACUCUCAUCAUCACGGCGGCGAGUAUUGCCAGUGCAGCAGCAGCAGCAAACCUCACGCGUCCAUGGUGCAGCACAAUAAUAAAAGUCCGCCCCGCUCGUCGUUGCCACCGAGUAGUCUGCCUUAUUUACGACCGGUGGCGAGCAACAAUAAACUUCAGCAGCACAGCAAUGGAAGUAACAACAACGGCAACGCCAGCAACGUCAGUAACAACAACAAUAACAGCAGCAACAGCAACAACAAUCAUCACCAUCACAUUCAGCAGCAUCACUACUUGCCGAGCUCGCCGCAUCAUCACAAUCAUCAUCAUCAUCAAACGCCACCGCAUCACCUCCAGCACCAUCACCAUCAACAGCAGCAGCAACAAUUGUCACCUGGGAUCGCCUCGUCGCCCGACAGCGUCAAGUACAUCGUCGAUCUCGACAAGCUCGGCCAUCAUCAUCAACAUCAUCAUCAUCAUCACCAAUCGAUCGAGUCCGAGCAACAACAGAUCUACAACGCCCAUCAGAAGCGACAGGUGCUGUUGCUCCAACAGAGCAGCAAAGAGCAGUGGACUGCGGCCUCGCCCGUACUGCAUCAUCAUCAUCAGGGCUCGUCGCCGGGCCUGGUGGGUCCGUGGACCGACGCGAUGCAGCUGCAGCAGCAGCAGCAGGACCUCAGCCCGUACAUGACGACGACGACGCCCACGACGCCGGCCGACGACUCCUCGACCUCGGAGCACGUCCACACCCCGGAGACGCCGCUGCAGGGCUCGAUCUUCAGCUUCGACGGCUGGCCUACAGCCGAGCAGCACGUGCCGAAUCUCCGACUGCUCUCCUUUCGCAGCAGCAGCAGCAACAACAACAACAACAACAAUAAUAGCGGCGUCGGAGGUCAGCAGCUAGGAGGAGCUGGCGCCACGACGACUACCGCCGUAGCCGCCGGCCCAGGUUACGUGCUCGAGCCUCGUGGACAGCCCAUCACGCUGCAGUUGCCCAGGAAAAAGCAUCUGCAGCAGCACGCCGACGCGAGGGAUCACGCCAAGUGA